AGGCCUCGCACCAUCUGUUGGUUAGCAAGCAGCGAUAAACAACUUCUCUUUGUUAGCCACAUUUCUAGAUAUGCUUUAUUGAUGGUAGCAUUCUAAAGAUGGAUUGCGAAUAAUCUAUACCUUUACUAUAUAAAGUCAACUUGUUCAUAACCUUUUCUGUCGGAUCUCUGACGCUAAUCUGUAAUUAAAUCAGCGUGUAGCUAGCUAGCUGGUCGUUAGGAGCUAGCUAGCUGGCUGGCUAACGUUGCUAAUGUGGACGCGCUUCUGUAGUUGAAGCAGUAGCGUUUAAUGUGGACGCGCUUCUGUAAAGCAGUAACGUUUAAUAUGUGCAGAUUUGUUUGCAGGAUCCCUUUCUAACGUUCCCGAUCAAGUCCCAUGAUGUUUUCAACAUGCCAUUGUUGAAAUCGACUCGACUCCGAACAUCCCGCUUUCUUAUGCGUUAUUGUCAGUAGAUGCUGUAGCUUAGUCGGCUAGCUUUGGUCGUACGUCGUAUUUUGAAAAUAUGGAGGAAAGUGGCGAAAAAAUAGAUUCGGAAGACAUAGUGAUUAUUGUGGAAAACGAGGCGGAAAGUAAGCCUAUUCAAGAGGCGAACGCGAAGGAGGAGAGCAGCCAGAGUUUGCUGGACAUCUGCCCCCUCUGUAAACUGAGCUUCCACAGCAGGGAACCCAAACUUCUACCCUGUCUCCACUCCUUCUGCAAAAGAUGUCUCCCUUCACCAUCGAGGAACUUGUUAUUUGCCGAUCAGGGGACCAACCACCAGAUGCCAAUUGAGAGCCAAGCCAAACCACUGAACAUAAUCCGAUGCCCAGUGUGUUAUCAGGACUGCAGGGAAGUUGAAGUCUUGGAUAACUUCUUUGCCAAGGACACUAUGGAAGUGCCAAGCAGCACAGUGGAGAAGACCAGUCAGCUCUGCAUGAGCUGUGAUGACAACACGGAGGCAACUGGCUUCUGCGUGGAGUGUGUGGAGUUUCUGUGCGUCACUUGUAUUGAGGCUCACCAGCGUGUGAAGUUCACAAGGGACCAUACGAUCAGGCAGAUGGAGGAGAUGUCUUCAGAGGCAAUGGGUGCUUCCACACAGAAGCCCGUUUUCUGUGAGGUCCACAAACAAGAGCCUUUGAAGCUGUUUUGUGAAACGUGUGACCGCCUCACCUGCAGAGACUGCCAGCUCCUCAAACACAAGGACCACAAUUACCAGUUUCUGGAGGAUGCAUACAGGAACCACAGGGAACACCUGGUGAAGAUGACGGGCCAGCUUCAAGAAAAAAGAAAGGCCAUUGGGGAGGUGUCUGACACAAUAAACAGCGGUCUUCAUCAAGUGGAUGAAAACCGCAAGGCUGUCGCCAAUGAGAUUAAAAAGGCCAUAUGCAAUCUGAUAAUGGAAAUUAACAGAAAAGGGAAGAUCUUGAUCAAUCAGCUGGAGGCACUGACAAAGGACCAUGAAAUGGUUCUGAAGAAGCAGCAAGAGGACAUCUCCUCCCUCACCAAACACCUUGAUCAUGUGAUCACCUUCACAAAGUGGGCGACCGCCAGUAACAGUGGCACAGCACUCCUGUACUGUAAACGACUGAUCAUGUAUCAAAUCCAAUACCUCCUGCGGGCAAAGUGCAACACCUCCUAUGUUCCUCAGAGUUCAGUUCGCUUCCAGUGUCGAUCUGCCUUUUGGGCCUCAAAUGUUGACCUUGGUUCUCUACUGGUAGAGAAGGCCCCUCUGCGCCAGCCCAGCGGGCCACAACCAUUCCCUUUUCAGCAAAUGAAUGCCGGUCCCAGACCGGAUGGGCCCACGGGGCCCUUCCCAGGGUCCCAGGCUCAGCAGCACCAGAGACAGAGCACUCUGGCCCAGCUGCAGAUGCAGGUGGAAAAGCUUGCCCAGCACCCCAACCGCCAUCUCUCACCCAAUCAUUGGUCGUGGGGCAUGCGGCCUCCCGGGCAGCCGAUGCCUAGCCGGCCUAUGCAGGGAGGCUCCCCUUCCCAGACUCUUUCCAGCAUGCCUCAGCAAGCGUGGAGGUACAGUGCCCCACACCUCAAUACGGGGAGUCCGCCGACUUUGCUCCAGAACUCAAGCCUCCCACAACAGACUUUGAGAGGUCUCAUCAACAAUUCAAGCUUCCCUCCCAAACCCAUGGAUGUGCUGCAGGGUAGUCCCCGCUAUUCCCAGAAUGCACCUCUUCCAGGUGCUGGCCCCAUCCCCUCUCAACCUCCUCUCCUUCAGCGAAACAUGAUGGAAGCUGCAUAUCUCAGCAGGAGGAGUGAGCCCAGUAGCUCCUUGUCUUUAUCUGCCCCUAGACCCAGUUAUCCAACCAACCUGCCCUCAGCAGCCACCGACAGAGUUGUGCCAGGAAGUCAGAUUUCUCCAAUGUCUGUUGCUCCUUCAACUGAUGCUAGGGCUGGUGUUGGUGCCUGGAAGCGGUCCGAGCCUCCACCAAGUGCACCAUCAAGCCUCCCUACCAAGAGAAGACGGAAGUCAUCUCCGGGCCCCGUCAUCGUCAUCAAAGACGAGCCGGAGGAUGACGACGACGUUCAUUUUGUCCGGACAACCACGAAGGCCAGCCUUCCGGACAGCACCGGUGUGCAGUCUCAGACCCCGCAACAGGAGUCUCCUCCGGCAGAGGAGCAGCAGACGGAGAGGACCCCCGAACCCGAGGAGGACCCUAAUGAGGACUGGUGCGCCGUGUGCCAGAAUGGAGGAGAACUGCUCUGUUGCGACAAAUGUCCCAAAGUCUUCCAUCUUAGCUGUCAUAUUCCCAUUCUCACUGCAUCUCCAAGUGGUGAGUGGUACUGUUCAUUCUGCCGCGACCUUGACUCGCCUGAAAUGGAGUAUGACGUGGAUGGUGGAGGUGACUCAAAAGAUGUGAAGCAGGACCCGGAUUCAGACACAUUCACGCCCGUGGACAGACGCAAAUGUGAGAGACUGUUGCUUCGCAUCUACUGCAAUGAACUCAGCACUGAUUUCCAGGAUCCGGUGACACCAUCGUCCAUGCCAGAAUACAACGAGAUUAUAAAAACCCCAAUGGACCUGUCUAAGGUGAGGAGCAAGCUAGAGGAUAAGCAGAGCCCUGGUUACAAGAGCACCGACUGCUUCGUCGCAGACAUGAGGCUUAUAUUCAAAAACUGCGCUACUUUCCACAAGGAGGACACGGAGAUGUCGAGCGUAGGAGCUAACCUGGAGAAUUAUUUUGAAGAGCAGUUGCGGCUGCUGUAUCCAGACCGAACCUUCCCCGACGUGAAGGAGGAGGGGGCUGCUCCAGAGCCACAAGCUCCAGAGCUGCAAGCUCCAGAACCGCAAGCUCAAGAUUCCCAAGCUCCAGAACCGCAAGCUCAAGAUUCCCAAGCCCCAGAACCGCAAGCUCAAGAUUCCCAAGCCCCAGAGCCGCAAGCUCCAGAACCCCAAGCUCCAGAACCCCAAGCUCCAGAACCCCAAGCUGCAGAGCCGCAAGCUCCAGAACCCCAAGCUGCAGAGCCGCAAGCUCCAGAACCCCAAGCUGCAGAGCCGCAAGCUCCAGAACCCCAAGCUGCAGAGCCGCAAGCUCCAGAACCCCAAGCUGCAGAACCUCAAUCUCCAGAACCGCAAGCUGCAGAACAGUCUCAGUCACCAAAGGGAACCUCCCCGGAUCCCCUUGCAACAGAGGAGACUGGGGAAUCCCCCAUCAAAAGUCUUCCCGAGGGAGAGCUCCAGUCUGAAGACCCUGCUGAAAAUACAGAGAGCUCUGAGAAUCCAGAGGCAAGUGGUAGUCCUAUAGAUGCAUCCCAGGAGCUCGAUGGCAGGAGCGAUCAGGAUGGUUGAUCUGUCUACUUGGGAAAGCUCUGCCCUUUUCUGAGUAGAGAGAAUCUCUCUCUCUCUCUCUCUGUCUCUCUCUCUCUCUCUCUUCCUCUCUCUUCCCCCCCGGAGCAUGAAAUUACAACUACUUUUGGAGAAUACAGUGUAUUAGUUCUGCAAUAAUAAUAUUGUAUACACAAUUUGAAAAGAGCAAUACAGCUCCUUAGGUUAUGUAAAAAAGGCACAAUAAAUGCUAAUGUAUAAAAACCAGUAGUAUGAAUUACAUUGUAUGUUAAUGACAACUACAAGAGAAAAUGGGGUGGGUGAUGGAAGGAACUGCAUUAGUUAAACUACGAUACAAACUAUACACCUUCCUACAAUAUGUAUGCUUACAAUAUGAUGUUCCAACUCCAAAAAAUUAAACAUUAGUAUGGUUUUAGAUGUAUUUAUUUGUGUAGUAUUAGAGAUAUUUAUUUGUCCUCUUGAUUUUGAUCUGGUGCUCUGGCGAAGAGCACACUUACAAAUAAAUUCCAUGAGCGGUGGAGUUUUGUAUAAUGUUAUUUUAAUCCAAAAGAUGUAUGUGUUUAGGGGGUGGGGCAGACGUAGUGGGACUCUUAGGUACAAAAGCAUUAACCCUUGUUCUUAGUCACUUAAACUUUGGGCUGUUUAUCUGGAGCCACUCGAAGCCCAGUUGUAGGCUGCAUACUAGUUUCAGAAGCAGCAUCAUUUACCUGUGUUGUUCGUUGUGCAGUCUGUGACACACUGGUGCCCCCUGGAGGCCAGUGUGGCAGCCUGCGAGUGCAAUCCCGACAUACACUCAGGUUACUCGAGUUAAACAGAAUUUCAUUGGAAUCAGUUCUCAGAUGUGAAUAAAUUUCAGUUUUUCUGCUUCA